CCAUUUAUGAAACGUAAAUUAAACAUCAUCUUUGAAAUAUGUUUAUACAACGCAGAAGUAAUUAAAAAGUUUGUGUUAAUAAAACCUUGACGUGAUGGUUUGAAAUGAAGAGAGCAUCUUCUGUUCCUUCUUCGGAGGGGCAAGUUUUAAUUGCCCCUCGGAAUGAUGACGGAAAGAAAAUCUUUAGGGCUGUUAGUGAAGUUGCACGCCGUCUAGAUAUAUCUCGUUCUAAUGUAACUUCGAUAACAGAAUUAUUUGAUCUCCACAUCGAAGUACAGCGAAUAAAGUUACGUGAUGGCUGUGAGAAACUUCUCUUUGCAGAACCUUUGUUGUUUGGUCGUAAAGCGCAAGAACUCUUGUGGAGAAAAACAUUCUAUGAUGUAAUAAACACAGCCAAGAAAUUAUUAACUAAAUAUGCUUUUAAUGAAAAAGACACAGAUAAAUUAAUUUUGCAUAACCAUAUUGAUGCAGGAAUUGGUUAUUAUAAUUAUUUUUUAUACAGAUUACAGAGUGAAUUUGAUUUAGAUUUGAAUGGUAUUAUAGAUUUUCCAAUGAAACAUAUUGUUGACUGUACACAACUUUCUAGUGAAGUAAAAAGAUGGGCAUAUAUAUGUGCACAUUCCUGUUUGAUAUCGAUGGGUGAUUUGAAUCGUUAUAAAUUGGAGAUAGAUAACGUUUGGGGAUUAAUGAAUGCUGAAAGAUAUUAUAAACAAGCUAUUUAUUUGGAUUCACGAAUAGGAAUGCCUUUUAAUCAAUUAGGCACUUUAAGUGGGUCUGUUAACUAUCACCUAGAUGCUGUUUAUUUUUACAUACAAUGCUUGCUAUCUCCUCAGCCAUUCGAUGGGGCUGAAAACAACUUAAAAUUGAUAUUUGAGAAAAAUCAAUCAUAUGUCAAUAACUUUAAAGGCAAAGUUGAUGAUGAUUAUGCAGAACAUAUCAAAAUAUGCAUAUCCAGAUUUUUAUACUUAUUUGAAAUUUGGAUAUUCAAUAAAACCCAUGAUGAUAUUAAUGAUUUGUGUCACUCUGCAAUCAAUGAUUUAAAGGAAUGCAUUUUAUACUUGGAACCACCAUCUGAAACGUAUGAAGAUUUGGUUGACGGAUAUACAUAUUUACAAAAACAAAAUGCUAGAAGACAUCCUGAAUGUUUAGAUGGAGAUAUCAUUUUCAAAAUUUCAGUUAUCUGCAUUAUGUGUGUACAAAAAUUACAAGAUAUCAGUUCUAGUCAUGUUUCUUUAGUCAAAGCAUUUACAUUAGCAAUUUUGUUAGAGCUAAUCAAUUUUGUAAAUGAUAAUGUUGAAGAAUUUAUAUAUGUGGAAAUAGAGAAACUCAAAAAUGAAUUUAGAAAUGAGUUCAAAAAUGAACCAGUUGAAGAAAAUACUAUUACAGCAGAUAGCAAUGUACUAGUUACAAAAGAAAAUAAAGAAUUAGACAUGGAGAAACCAAUAGAGAAAAAAGUUGAUUCCCCUAUUAAAAGAAAUAAUAGAAGACGCAGGCGAAGAUAUUAUUCAGAUACAUCUACUGAUGAUCAUUCUAGUUCUGAAUUUGAUUCUGAUAGCUCUGCUGAAAAUUCUUCUGAGGUAUCAGAAAAUGAUGUAGAAAAUGAAAAUAAUAUAUCAUCCAAUGAAUAUGACUCAGAUAACGAUAUUAUUAUAGAAGACAUUGAAGAGCUAAGUCCAUCCUUAGACAUAGAAACUUCUGUUAAAGAACUUAUGAAUAGAAAACCUUCAAAAAAUGGAUUUUCUCUCAAUGGAGAUAUUUUUGAUAAUGGAAUUAAAAAUAGUAAACAAGAAGAGUGUUCAGAGGCUGAUUUAGAAUUUGAAAUAGUAAAUGGAUCCUUGCAGGAAAAUAAGGCACAUGAUAGUAAUGAUGAUAAUGCUGAUUCUAAAAUAAGCUUAGAAGAUCAUGAUUCUGGAGUUAAACCUUCUACAGAUCCUCUUCGUUUUCACAAAUUCAAUAGACGCAAACAUCGUUUGCAACCAGAUGAAAUAAUAAUGUUCUCUGAAAAAGAACAAGUUUUGAAUAGUAUCAAGAUAUUGUGCGAUUGGCUGCGCGGUGAUGUUGAUUUAAUAAAGUCAUGUGCUAAAAGCAGUCCAACUUUUAUUCAACGUCUUGUACAUUUACUAAAUUCUUUGAACAUAGAUAUAUUUUCAAAAUAUUAUCGGGAAAGGUUUGGAAAAAUUUUAAAUGUAAAUGAAACUAAAUUUGAAGUAGAAAUGUUGCGUGAAACAAAUGAAUUUGUGCCAUUACCAGAAGACCAUGAGUUACGAGGUUUGCAUAUACUUGAAAACAGUCACUUUGUCUUGGAUUGGGACUAUCAUAAAAAAAUUAAUAAAGUAAUGUGUUCCACAGAGGAAUGCAUAUACCGUAUUUUGAAACUAAUCAAUUUUGGUUUCUUUUUGGCUAAAAUCAAAUACACCAAUGUAAAAUUUAAUAGCAAAAAUAGAUACUUUAUGGUAAGGAAAGAAUAUAAGAACACGAAAAAAAUUAAACAAAAAUAUUGUAAAUUAUCUAGAAAACGAUUCAAAAAGGCUACACGAAACAGAAUGCAUUCUAAAAAACAUUUUGAAGAACUUAAUUUUCAAGACAGUGAAGAAUCUGAAGAAUUAAUCAAACAUAUGGGAAAGUUGUGGUUGAAAUCUCAGGUGAAAGAUUUAGAAAUUAAUCCACCUAUUCCAAAGAAACCACCAGUUCCUAAAGUUCGGAAAAAUACAAAGCCACCAAAAAAUAGUAAAAAUAAAGCCAUCACUCCAUAUAUUGUUAUUGAUUCAAAAUGCCUGACUCAGCACUCUCAUAAAGUUAGACAGAUUGUAAUGAGCAAGCUGAGCAUUGUGAUUAUUCCUAAAAUUGUUAUGAACUCACUUGACAUGCUAAAAUUUGAAUCCAAUCCUGCUCGAGACUCUAUUCGCUGGCUAGAGGGGCAACUUUUGAAGGGCAACCGCCACUUGCGCGGCCAAAGAAAUAAAGAACAACUUCCUCUUCACAGGAUAACUAUUCCUAAAAAGAUGGAAAAAGAUACCCAAGACUAUUUGCAGAUGUUGGAGCUUUGCAAUUAUCUAGCAACCCAUGGUGAAGAGGGCACUGACUGCAACGGUUACUCUGUGACAUUCCUUACAGGGCCAGAUUUGUCUGAUUUUAGCAGCAGGGAUUUUAGUUUAACAGGUCUUGCUAAAUCGGCUAAUAUUAAUGUUGAAAAAAUUGCUGUAUUUUAUGCCAAAUGUAGACAUAUAUUGGCAGAAAUACCCAGAUGAUUGCAGCACCAAGUGUUAUUACUUUAUCCAUUUGUUAAGCAUUAUAUGUUAAAGUUUGUUUGAUAUUCAAUCUGGGGAUUCUAAGAACUGCUUAAUUGCCAUGUUUGCACUUGUUGGAUGCCUUUGGUAAUAGUGAAGCCAAAAAAUUGUCAUAGACAUGAAAACAAUUAAUUAAAAGAAAAAGAAUAUGAAAUAACAAUAGUUUAUUCCUAUAUGAAUUAUUUGUACCAUUUUCUGUUAACUGUGAAUUCUGUGACAUCUAAGAUGUUAGGAGUUAAUAUCAAUAAAGGAUUUUUUGUGAUGUUUAGAAUUUAUGAA